ACGAGAAAGGAGAAACGCAGCCGAAAAUGUACGCCAAGCUGAACGGUCGCACUGUUGCUGGGAACGGACGAAGGUACCACCAACAGCAUAGCUACUGCUGGCUGCUGGCCUGGAUAAGUGCAGCAUUUUUGCUCGCAUCUAGACACACCGGCAUAAUGCCUUGCCUGAACGUACGAAACAAUGAAUGCUCCAUCUGUCAGCACAAUAUUGCCGGGACGCAGCGGCUGGAGGCGCUCUGUGGCCAUACGUUCCAUCGCCACUGUCUGGCAUUGUGGAUGCGCACGUACGCCUUUUGCCCCGACUGUCCGCGAAGGAUGUAGCUCGUUAGAGCGAGCGAGCGUGACGAAAGUGGGGCGCAUUACUGGCUUCGACUGAUUGGCAAACAAGCACGGACCACAGAGCGUGCGAACUCAACACGCCCCUAUCCAUUGGG